AUGAUGGGCAUCGUCGGCAACCGCGAAGGCGCCAGUGACUAUGACGAUGAUAUGAAGCGUGCCAAAGACGCAGGUAUCGAUGCCUUUGCGUUGAAUAUUGGCACCGACUCUUACGGCGACACCCAGCUGGACUAUGCCUAUGAAUCUGCCGCCAACAACGGCAUGAAAGUGUUUAUCUCCUUCGACUUUAACUGGUGGCAGACCAGCCAGGGAAGCGAAGUCGGCGCGAAGAUCGCGCAGUAUGCCGCUCAUCCCGGGCAGCUCUUGGUUGACGGGAAAGUCUUUGUAUCGUCGUUUAUCGGCGACGGUGUCGAUAUCGACGCAAUCAGAUCCGCUGCUGGCAGCGAUAUCUUCUUUGCGCCGAAUUACCACCCAGGUCAGGGCGACUUCGAUAAUAUCGACGGCGCCCUGAACUGGAUGGGCUGGGAUAGUGAUGGAAAUAACAAGGCUCCGACUGCUGGGCAGAAUGUCACUGUUGCGGAUGGCGAUAAGGCUUAUGCGGAUGCUCUUCAAGGGAAACCAUACAUUGCGCCCAUCUCGCCUUGGUUCUCGACCCAUUACGGUACCGAGGUCUCUUAUAGCAAGAACUGGGUGUUCCCUUCCGAUCUCCUCUGGUAUGACCGGUGGAGAGAGAUCCUACGUCUCAGCCCUCGCUUUGUGGAGAUCCUCACCUGGAAUGACUACGGUGAAUCGCAUUAUAUCGGCCCGCUGUCGUCGCCGCACACAGACGACGGUGCUUCGAAGUGGGUGAUGGACAUGCCCCACAAUGGCUGGCUCGACAUGGCAAAGCCCUUCAUCGCCGCCUACAAAGCCGGCUCGAGACUGCCUAUCAGAUUCCUAGAGGAAGAAAAGCUGGUUUACUGGUACCGGCCCACUUUGAAAGACGUCGACUGCGACGCAACCGACAACACAAUGCAAGGCAGCGCCAACAACGCCAGCGGCAACUUCUUCCGCGGCCGGCCCGACGGCGCCGACACAAUGAAAGAUGAGGUGUUCAUCGUCACGAUGCUGAAGUUUCCGGCGAAGGUGCGGGUGCGGUCAGGCAAUAAUACUGAGACCUACAUCGCGCCUCCGGGAGUCUGGUCACACUCGGUGCCGAUGGGCGUGGGCGCGCAGAGUUUCAAAGUCACCCGUGGCUUCCAGACAGUUCAGGCUUUGUCGGGGACGAGUUUGAAGGAUGUUGUCGACACGUGUGUCUGCGGCAUCUACAACUUCAAUGCUUAUGUGGGCACUCUGCCGGCAGAGGACACCGUUGAUAAGCUGCAGCCGGCUGGGUUGACUAUGUUGAUGGACGGGUUGAAGGUGACGCCCGAGAUUAAUUCUCUGGGUUAA